UCCAUCCGAGCAGAUCAUCAGUUAUCAUCUAGCAAAAUGUUUGCCGAAACAGCUCUUAUUUCCAACUUCAACGGAGUGUCGGAGAAGCAAUCUCUCACCGGCGCCUCUAGCAACAUGAAGAAGCUGCUAAAGACCAUCAAAAAGAUCUUCAAGAACUCUAAGCCUACUAAGGAGAUCCCGAUCUCCAACAUCCUCUACUCCUGCGACACCGAGGAGGAGCACCAGAACUGGCUCAACGAACAACUGGAAGCCAGGGCAAUCAGCCUUCUCUACUAAGUUCAUUUGGGGCCUCCUCCUCCAUCGAGUAACUGUGAUGUGACCCCACUGAAAGGUCUAUAAUCUGCACUUCGGCUUUAAACUCCAACUGUGAUGAUGAGAACACGAGACUGACUGACUUGUGUGCCUCGGAAGCGACCAGCUUCCGCCAACUGUACAUAUCAAACUAGCUGCUAAAAUGUCUUCAAUAAUGCUUUAAUCUAGCCUAAGUUCGUAGCUAUAAUCAUUGUCUUCCAUUAGAGUUAAGCAAAACAUUGUCUUCCAUGUUUGUUUGUUUAGGGUAUAAAAUUAGACUAAGAAUAAAAAUCCCUCGAGGAAAAAAA